AUGACCAGAGACACCUACCCCGGCGGAUACGCAUUGAACAGAAAUGCGUAUCCAUCUCCAUCCGCCUCUUUGAGCGAUUUCCAGCGCUAUUCCUACAGCUCGAGUAUGCCGCAUGGAGUUGGCAAUCAGCUGGACGCGAAUUAUUACGUACAGCCACAUCGACCAUCGCAAUCACUGCUAGACGCUCCUCCAUUCGGUGAUACCCAGCCUAUAAACACCAUCGUGGGGACUGAAAACCAAAAGGUCAUGCCUGUCAUCCAAGCCAAGAUUCACAAGGGGUUUUUCCAAGCAGACGAGAAGUGGACAUGUUACCGUCGAAACUAUUUUUCCGUUUCAUGUUCAUUCACUCUACAUCCCCUUUUGAACAGUACUUACUACUUCCAGGGACAGGGUCAGCGUGUAGAACCGAUCGUCAACUGGGCUAUGUCAAUUUCGGCGGUCGUCAAUCAAUCGGAAAACGAGACUCGUGAGCUGGUGCAACACACUCCUAAGCGAGACAAACAAUCCGAACGCAAGCCAGAGAAGAUUAUACUUCGACCAACACAACCAUACUAUUUGAGCUCGAAUAUGACCGGUUCUGGUCCACAUUCACCAAUGUAUGGGAUGACGCAGCAAAUGGAUUUUUCAGCGUAUCCAGCACCGGCACAGCCGCCACAUCAGCAUACGUUCGAGCGGAUCCAGUUUCAGAAAGCAACCGCAAAUAAUGGGAAACGACGAGCUCAGCAGCAGUUUUACAACCUGGUUGUGGAGCUGCAUGCAUGCGUUAGUAGUCCAGAGGGUCACACGCGUUGGGAGAAGAUUGCUAAACGAGUAUCUGAUCCCAUGGUGGUUCGGGGAAGGUCUCCUGGCCAUUACAAGGAUGAGCGUCGGCAUAGUUCUGCCAGUAUGGGCGACAGUGGAGGGCGAGGUAGUUCAGGGGAUGCUAGCCGCGGUAUGUUGCCGUCGUCGAUUGAUCAUCAACAAUAUUCUUCUCAAAUGCAGUAUCUGUACGACGGCUCUCAACCAGGGGAUUCUCACUAUAACCAUGGCCGGGAUAUGCCGCGACAUAGUUAUCAGCACUUCGGACAAGCCAACCAUUCGGCAGAUGCAAUCAGCCCCCUUGUUUCGACUUCGGAUGGCUCUCUGGAGUUCAUCUUCCCCGAUAGCCUAGCUGGCCAUGACUCCACAGACGGUCUCCCGCAUGGCGGCGGUCGAUAUCCCCACCACCAUAAUGAUGACGACUCCUCCUUUCGAAGAGACUCUGGCAGUUCGGGCAGUAGUAGUAGUACUCAAAGCCACGUACCCAGUCUUGACCUGAGUUCAAACUCUGGAACUCUAGACGACGCCUUCGAUCCAAUGAUAGCGAGCUAUCAUAGCGACGAGCAAGAGGAUGUAUCUGAGCAAUACUCGAAGCAUUCCAAUGCAGACAGAUGCCCACUUGCAUCGAUUGUGAAUGAUAGCAGUCAGUGCAGCCGAAAUGGCGGUGCUGGUGGUACCGGUGGUGGGUCCUUUUCGAGGUUCAUUGACCCUAUCCAGGAGAUCGGGCGAUAUGGUGAAUGGGAGUUAUGAAGCGAUUGAGAAAAGUGUUUUGAUAUUACUUGUGAGGAAUGGCCAGGAUUACAAGAUGGCAUGCUCAGGGAACAGAAGUGCAUACUCUGGCACAGUUGAAAGCAAGCUAACUGCGAUUGUUGUUGGAUUACAGAGCAAAAGAAGUUGUCUUUCUCAUUUCUUUUUCUUUCUAUUCUUGUACUUUUUACUUUUGUCUUUUUCUUUUCCCCUCUUUCCACAUGUUCAAUUGCAACUUUAUCAUUUCAUU